AAACUGGUCACUUGCUAUUUAAGCGGCUGCUCCUCCACGAUUCGGGGCUAUUGCAACUGCGACCUGUCAAGAUCCUAGCGUAUCCACGUCUAAGAUUCUCAAGACUCAGUGGCUCCGGUAGACACUUCUUUCCUAUCACCACAGCGGCACUCCAACGCUUCCAAAGCGCCAGCUUCAACAUGGCGCUCCGCUCCCCCACCACCACCAUCCUCCCUCCCGCCCUACUCAUCCUCGCCAUCCUCCCCAUCCUAGUCUCGGCCCAAGGCGAAACAGGCGGCAACCGCAUCGACUCCGGGCAAUGUCCAAACAACACAGAAGCCACCAUGGUCUACUCGCCCUUCAAGCCAUACUUCACCUGGUGGCACGGCGACGUGCAAAAGUGCUGGGUCGCGGCCGACUGCCUGUUCGAAGCCGCGGGCGAAUCGCGAAAGCAACAAUUCGCCGCCACAGCGCUCGUCAUGGGCCUCAUUCCGCUCACGCUGAAGGAUAUCGCGUGGCCGGAGCGCAGAUUGAUCCACGUAACCAAGAGCCUGAACUGGGCUGUGGAAAUCCUAGUCCUCGCGCUGGGCCUCGUGCCGCUAGAGACCGACAACGCAGCAGAGACGAAGCGGAAGAGCAGGGAGAACAAUAUGAUUGCGAAGAAGGCGUGGGGGCUGGGCAGGGGCGGCGUGGUGCUGUGGAUCUUUGUGGCGUUUGUGGGAUUGGUGGCGAGUUAUGCGGGGCUGGUGUUUAUGGAGAUUUACUCGAAGAGGAGUGCGCUUGGAUGUCCGUUCCCGGUUUUCGUGGCGACCUGGUAUGUGGUGGCGCUUGUGCCGGCUGCUAUUCACGCGUGCUUUGCGAUGCUGAGGCGUAGGAGGCACGCGCGGAGGCAGCUUCGGAGGCAGCAGACUGGCUUGGCGACGCCGACGGUGAAGCAGGGCUUCCAAGUCGACGUGCAAGCCAGUCCUAGAGAAGAGGACGCAGAGCGCAAGAAGAAGAUCAUUUCCGCCGUGCAAGGUGCAGACGAGGACUGGCCGGUACAAAUGGCCUGGGGUAUUUAUUACAUAGCUGGAACCCUUAUCUUCACGAGCAUCAUGGCCGUUACGGUUGUGGAGUUGAUUUGCUGGGUCGGGCUGGGCUUUGCCGUUACGGGGUGCAGUAAGAUUUUGGCGUUCUUUUUGUGUCUUGUGUUUGAGGAGACGGGGAAGCGCGGAGGGGAAGGGGUGGAGGAGAGGAGAGUGGGGCAGAGUGGCGUGGCGGCGGGGUAUGCGAUGUAG